UUUCAUAACUUUAAAAUAAUUAAUUGAAACAGCCAAAAUGUCAUCCUAAUACCCAAUUAAACUUAUUUCUGUUCACCGUUAGUUAAAAGUAUUCUACUUUUGCAAAUCAAUCAACUCCUUGUGUGUAAAGAAAAACUCAUUGUAAGUAAUAAAAAAGAAAGAAAGCACAAAGCAUAAAAUUGCGUCUUGCCGUCGUUUAAAUGGUUAUAUCUAAAAAUAAAUAAAGUACCAAUCAUUAUUUUCUUUAGUUUUUUAUUUAUUUAAAUUUAAGAGCAAAAAAUGUUAAAAAGUCAAGUGCUUCUAAAGACGUAAAAAAAAUGAUCACUCAAUCAAAAAAAUAUAAACAAAUUUAAGAUAGUUUUGGUUCCUGUUGCUUAUUAUAUUUCAUUUACAUUUACCUACACCCAGCUGUUGUCAAAAAGGCCCAGAUAAAGAAAAAAAAGAUUCAAUAUUUUCAAUAAGCGGGUCUCUCUUUUACCUGUAUGGGUUUCUCUGCGUCCGCCUAUUAAAAUUGAGAUCCGCUCCUUGAGAGAAGCCUGACUCCUCCUCCUCUCGAAUGAAAAGUAUAAAAGAAUUUCCAAGAACCGCUUCACCCACUGUCUGAUCAAGGCACAGAGAACUCCACCAUGUCUCAAGAGGUUAAUAAAGCCGAACCAGCCGCCGCCUCACUCAAAGGCAGUUCAGCGGAACCGCAAUAUCAGCGGACAUGUCGUCUGGACAUCAACAAAGCGCAGCACGUCCUGUAUGUUAUUGGCACUUCUUUGGAUGUGAGCAUCUACAGGAGUGCCCCUCCCGGCUCAAAGUCCUUUUCUGUAAAAUGCACUUCCAAGGUUAAAUACAGCAUCAGCCCGCCGAAAUCGGAAACAUCCCAUCUCUCUCACAUUCCUCUUACCAAGAACACCAUUCUUCUCAUCAGCAUGGACCGUGCUAGUGAAUUUGAAAGUGAUUCCAAGCUGUCUGUGCGCUACUACAACGAGAGCAAAAACGCUAUAGGAGUAGCAGUUCUGCACCUAACAGGUGUUGAGAUUUCUCUGGAUGUGGAUGCUGACAGAGAUGGUAUUGUGGAGGAAAACAACCCCAAUAAGGGAUCAUGGAAGUGGGGUCCUGAUGGGUACGGCGCUGUCCUUUUGGUCAACUGUGACUCAGAUUCGAAGUUCUGCAAAUUUGUGGAUGGCAACUCCAAGCAGGAGUUCAUUUUAAACCUCAAAGAUCUUAAGGACAUGUCACCCAUGAAGCUGCGAACCAGAGGUCCUUCUCAUCUCCCAGAGGGCUACAAACUGAUGAUGCACAUCUGUCUAGGAGAUUCAGAGAAAAUCCGUGUCUUUAGAUCCAUAUUUGCCAAUAAAAACGAAAACAAUGGAGAAAACAAGAGAUCUUUGAAAGACUAUCCACUAGUUCUGGGUCCUACGGUCCUUUCCCAGGAGGUGCCUUACCCUGGAGGCAGCGCAGAGAUAGAUUUCCAUGUGGAAGGCCUGGAGUUUCCUGACACAGACUUUGAUGGACUCAUCACCAUUAAUCUCAGUCUGCUAAAGCCAAUUAAUGAUACGGUUCCUGAGACCCCCAUUUUCACCGACACAGUGGUGUUCAGAGUGGCUCCAUGGAUCAUGACACCCAACACCCUCCAACCCGAGGAGGUGUUUGUCUGCCGCACACUUGAUAACCACCAGUUCCUGAAAGAGAUUAAGGCCCUUGUUGCAAAGAGCGGCUUCAAGCUGAGAAUUUGUGAACCUUUCAUGAACAGAGGAGACCGCUGGAUCCAAGAUGAGAUAGAGUUUGGAUACAUUGAUUCCCCUCAUCAUUGGUUUCCUGUUGUUCUGGACUCCCCGAGAGACAGGGAACUCAAAAACUUUCCAUGUAAAGUACUGCUGGGGCCUGACUUUGGCUAUGUGACACGGGAGCCUCAAAGUGAAGAGGUGAGCACUAUGGACUCGUUUGGUAAUCUGGAGGUGAGCCCUCCUGUCACUGUGAACGGGAAAAAUUACCCUCUGGGCAGAAUCAUCAUCGGGGUCGCUUUCCCUACGGCUAAAUAUGGACGGAACAUGACCAAAGUGGUUCAGGACUUCCUGUGGGCUCAGAGGGUCCAAAAGCCCAUCGCCUUGUUUUCUGACUGGCUUGUUGUUGGACAUGUAGACGAGUUCAUGACUUUUGUACCUGCACCUGACAGAAAGGGCUUCCGACUGCUGCUGGCGAGCCCAGAUGCAGGCUACAAAUUAUUCAGAGACUUAAAGAGCAACGGACACGGACAAGCCAGGAUGUUUGAUGGGUUGCCUGAAGAGCAACAAAUAACAGUGGAUGAACUCCUUAGUGAUCACACUUUGCAAACUCAAAAUGACUACGUUCAGAGCUGCAUUGACUGGAACAGAGAUGUCCUAAAGAAGGAGCUGGGCCUGGAUGAUGAAGACAUCAUUGACCUGCCAAUACUCUUCAAGUUGGAGCCAGAAGAUGAGUUCAGAGCGGGGGCGUUGUAUCCUGACAUGGUCAACAUGAUUGUUCUGGGGAAAAACCUGGGCAUCCCCAAACCGUUCGGCCCUAAAGUGAACGGACGCUGCGCCCUGGAGGCAGAGAUGUGCUCUCUGAUGGGGGGCCUGGGCCUCACCUGCACGUUCAUUGACGACUACUACUCUUACCAUAAAAAGCUUGGAGAGGUGCACUGCGGCUCCAACGUCCGCAGAAAACCCUUUGACUUCCAGUGGUGGAAUAUGGAGCUUUAAAAGAUGAAAAGGAAAUGGAUGCUUUAUAAAUUCUGUCUUGCAGCGCUCCAAUUUGCUAUGUCCAGCAUGUCUCCUUAAUUUUUUUUUUAAUCUUCUGAAUUUUUCUGCCCCCAAAGUGGUAUUUUUCCUUUCAAAAUAAGUUUUUAUCUGUAACAGUUUCUUAAAACCUAUAGAUGUUAAAGGAAACUAACAUCUUUUUAGCUUAAAAUAAACUGCCAGUGACUUCA